AUGACCGAGGAAAAACGGAAAGGAGUCGCUUUGAGAGAGCUCUAUUGGAAAACCUUGGUUUUGGGCUCUCAUUAUCCGGAAGAAUUUACUGGCGGAAGGUUCAAGAGCGUCCCAACGUUGGUUUUUGUGAUUAAAUUUUUUGGAAGAUGAUUCAAAUUAAAAAAGAUUUUUAGAAAUAACUUCCGUUCAAAAAUCAGAAAAAGUGAAUUUUUAAAGAAGAUGAGAGUCACUAGCGGCUCAAAUUUUGUAGUUUUGAGCUCCUAAUUUAAAUUUAAUAGGGGCAUAUUCUACUCAAAAGUUGAAUUUCUCGGUUUGGUCUCUAGAAGUUUAUUUUCAAGAUAGUUUUAUAUCAUUGAGUUGUAUUCAGUGACAAAUUCCCGAUCGAUAUCGUGAUCGGCCUCGAGCAACUCUCCAACGUGUACAAGGUUGUCAUUGAGCCGGAUGAUGACCUUAUUCGUGAGUUUAAUGUUUCUUGGACUCUCCAUAAAAUGGAGCGGGUUAUUUAUGGGAUUCGGUUACAGCCAGAAAUGUGGGCAUUUAAAUUUCAAAAGUUGCGGAACGAGGAAAGGGGGAACCCCUCACAAGGGAGGUCAUUUUACCUUUUUUUAAUAAUUAAUAAUUUAUUGACAGAUCAGCGUGAACCCUAACGAGUUCACUUGGAUCUAGAAAUUGAGAAAAUAAAUUAUACAGUUAUGCAUCAUUUGAGUCGUGGAGGAAUAGACAAGAAGAUCUCGUGCAAUGGUAGAUUACUUUUACUUUGAUACUUUGAUGGUUCGUCUUCGCUGAUGAUCUUCCUUCUCACUAGGGGAAUGGUCUUCCCCUAGUCAGCGCGAACCACACGUCCUCCAUGCAUCCCGGUCUCUGGCGACGUCAUCCAAUGGCGUCCAUGACGGCUGAUGUUCUUCUUGAAGUGGUCUGCCCAUCGGGUCGCUGGUCGUCCGCGGGUGCGCCUCGUGUUUCUGAGAAUCCAAGAUAAUACUCUUGUGCUCCAACGGUCGUCUGUUCUUCUGAUGACAUGUCCUGCCCAUCGGUGUUUGCCGCGGCUGAUAUGCUUUUCGAGGUCUUUGAUUUGGGAUAACUGCCGAAGGUCUGUGCUUCUCUGGUUUUGGUUCCAUUGUUGGUAUCGGGUGGUGCCGAGAAGAGCUCUUUCCAGUGCGCGGUAUGCCGUUCUUAGGGCGGAGGAGGUCUCCUUGGUGUCUGGCCAAGCUUCGGAUCCGUAGGACAGGGCGGGGAUGACUGAUGCCUCGAAGAUGUGAGCUCGUAUCUUUGGGUCCUUGAUUUGGCUAGUGACUUCCCGGAUGUUGUUGAAGGCUGCCCAGCCUGCUCUUCUGAAUGGUAGAUUGACCAGUAAAUUUUUUAAAGACUUGGAGUGGUGGCUGAAUUGAAAUUUGGAAGUGAGUUUGUUCCAAGUAGGAAUUGUUUUAAAGAAAAAAUCAUUAGAAAACUGACCUUGAGAACGCAGUCGAAGUGGAUUUCGCCUUAAAUUGGACCUGAGGGCAAAAAGUUCGAACUGGGGAAAAUGAUCGAUACCGAAGACAAUUUUAUGAAGGGUCAGAAUGUCAGAUAUAGCUUGUCUGAGGUGAAGUGGAGGGAUAUCAAAUUGUUCAAGGCGAUCAGAGUAAGAUUCAAAACUUUGCGACUGGGAAUCUCCUGAAAUUCGGCCAGAACCUUCCUUGAAGUACCAGACAAAGAUCUUGAAAGUCUCAACUUGCACAACCACCUAGUCUUUGGGAAAGACCACCUUGAAGUCAAAGAGAACCCUGAAAGUCCGUUGAAAUAAGCCUUAUUGAGGCUUUGAGCCCUUAUUUUACAAAAACUAGAUAGUUUGGCAGGUUGAGACUUUGAGAAUCUUCUUCUGGUACCUCCAGGAGGGUUCCGACCUUCCUUGUUAGUUCAAAAGUUGCAUUUUUUUUUUUUGGAUUUAAAAGGGAUAUGCUAUUUUUCAACAGUUUGCUGGUGAAAUUGAACUAUUUGAUUGUAAAAAAAUUACAAAAGAACCAGAGUAUAUUUUUUAGCUGUUGAUUUUUUUAAAAUGAUCGGGUUCCGAGAAGGAUUCUCAAAUCAUUUAUUUUGUUGUUUUAGUCUGAUGUAAUCGACUAGGCGGUGAACAAGAGCUUCAAAAGCUAUAACGAACAACCGCCUUUGGCGAACUAGAAGUCCAAACGUGUAGUCGUAAGAGUAGAAAGCGUUCGCCUCGUCCUUCUGCGCGUAGUUCAUCCAGUUGCGCCUUGACGAGAUCAGAAUGUAGCGGAUGUGGUAGCUGGAACCCGGAGAUCGCGCUCUAGGUGGAAGCCUCAGAAUGAGAGCGGCCACUUCGAGUGAAGAUUUUACACGGAAUUCUCUAGGAAAUCGGUUAGAAAAAAUGUCUGAGUUGCAUAAAAAGGCGUUUUUCUCAGGUAUUCUGCUUCGAGAACAUUUUAAUCAAAUCUCUGAGUUGUGUAGAACAUUUUUUGCACUUUCUCAUUACUUAUCUUAUUCAAAAGUUCAUAAAGGCACUCAAUUAAGCAAUAAUUACAGUAAAUUUUCCAAACAAAGAAGCUUUAUCAACCUUUUUCUGCGUCACAGGUAAUCGGAUGAGUUUCUUAAUUGAAUCUCCUCAUUUAAUGAUUACCGUAAGCUUGGGAAACCUUUUUAUUCACUUUUGAGUUCAAUAAGACCAGUUUUUUCUGCAAACUAAUUAGAAAACUUCCAAUUUUCAGCCUCAAAAGUCUCGGUUCGUAUCGGGCAGGGUGACGUGAACCUUGAGACGGAUUAUAAAAAUGCCAGAUUGGCAAAAUAUCGAAAACCGGUCCAAAUGGAGUUCCAUCAACGCGGCAGGAGCAUGAGCCGCCUGGAGACAAAGUUUGUUUGAAGGAAAAUAUUUUUUAGCUUUUUAAAUGUACCUCUUGAAAAGCUCGUUCAGAAAAUAGACCUAAAAUUUUUGGUUUCAGCAAAAAAAAAAGCCUAAAUUUAGUCAUUUUGUAGGUGAAAUUUCGCUCCGACGAGAAUUACAACUUUUUAAAGAUCUCUUUCGGAUCACUGUAUCAACCGGAAAGUUUUUGAGCAUUUCUAGGUAUCCCUUUAGUGGCGUCAGAACCCUCAAGUGAUCACUUGAAAUGCUCAAAGUUGCGUAACAGAGACCCAACUUCCUAGGCUUCGAAAUGAAAAUUUUUACCUUUUUUGGCUUAUUUUUCCGAGGAAGUUACGCUCCAAGGACAAUAAGGCAAUUACAAGGAAUCUUCAGCCUCUCUUAGAAAGGAAAAAUGAAUUUUUAUGUAUGUCGAAAUUCGAAAAAUAGUUAGCCAAGGUCAUUUAGAGAUAGGGAACACUCAAAGUUAAGAGAGUUUCAGACGGUUAGAGACAUUUUAUACCUCUAAUUGCCUGAAAUAUCCAAUUUUCUAGACAGAUGAAGGUCCAAAAAAAAGGAAAUACAUAUGGAAAAAUAUUCAGAAAAGCCUUCACCGACGCUGUCGGCCAAUACGUUUGGAUAACGGUCCAUAAACCUUUGGAAAGCAAUCUGAACCCUCAUAAAUUGGUUUAGAUCAAUCGAUAAAUCAAUAAUCAAUCGAUCCAGGUCGCCAUCAAGAAGCUGACGAUCCUCGGCUACCCAUUUUCCAAAGAAGAUAUUCUGAAAAUGAUGAAAUUCGAAGAGCCGGAAGAAGAAAAGGACUUCAAGAGGCCCAUUUCUUCCUCGUCCGCUGUUUCGAAUAAGCCUCGGACUCCUGAUGUGAAACCGAAAGUUCACGUCGAGAGGUACAGCUAGUGAGUUUUAGAAAAAGGGUCGCAUUUGGAAUGGCUCGAUUUUCAUGCUUUUUGAAGCUACACUGCGCAAGUCGUUUUUGGUCGGACGCAAUCUUUGCGCCAGUGUUACGCUGAGCUCUUGUACAUCUUAUGAAAGAAGAUGACCGCAUUUGGAAUGGCUUGGCUUGCUGUUUUAAAAAGAUUUUUUUGACCGGCUCUAAAACGCUUUACCGCAUUUAGAAUGGCUAGAUUCAGAGCCUCAUAGGGGUUUAUGAUACUGUUUUGCUCAAGUAGUUUUUGGUCGGGCGCAAGAUAUUUGCCAAGAUCUUCUCAUUAAGCUAGUUCACGUGAAAAGGCUCGACGUCUUGACUUUGAUAAAGUGACUUUUUUUAAACGUAAUGAUCGCGGUUUGAAUGGCUUGUUCUUACCUAUUUGAGGCUACCUUGCGCAAGUCGUUUUUCGUCGGGCGCAAGUUAUUUUUCAAGAUCUCCUCGAUAAGCUAACUCUUGUGGAAUGGCUCGACGGAUUGACUUUAAAAAAGUAAAUUUUUUUUUUUGAAAAUCCAGGGAUUUUUGACGCCCUGAUCUGACGCUAUUUAAGGCUACCUUGCGCAAAUCGUUUUUGGUCGGGCGCAAGUUAUUUUCCAAUAUUUUCUCGAUAAGCUAACUCUUGUGAAAUGGCUCGACGGCUUCAAAAUGAAUUUUAAAAAACCAUCUAAUCAUCGCGUUUUGAAUGGCUUGACGCCUUCAUAUUACGUUAUUUGAGGCUACCUUGCGUAAAUCGUUUUUGGUCGGGCGCAAGUUAUUUUCCAAGGUUUUCUCGAUAAGCUAACUCUUUUGAAAUGGCUCGACGGAUUGACUUUAAAAAAGUAAAUUUUUUUUUUUGAAAACCUAGUGAUUUUUGACUCGCUGAUCUGACGCUAUUUGAGGCUACCUUGCGUAAAUCGGUUUUGGUCGGGCGCAAAUCUCUUUGAAAAACCGUUUGCUCUGAGUCUUUCUGAAAAAAAAUUUUAAAUAAUAGUUCAAAACGAUUCCACACGUGCUGAAAGUUCAUGAGAAUGGGUUGAAACGCUUGAUUUUUCUGGGAAUUUUCCAUUUUUAUUCCCUGAAGCAAAAGUCGUUUCAAGUCGGGCGCAAGCUGCUGAACCAUUUUCUUGUUGCCAUGGUUUUAUUACUUAUAAUCUGAAGCGAGAGUCGUUUCAGGUCGGCUGCUGAGUCAUUUUUCUUGCUGUCAUGACUAUCAAAACUUAAAAGAAACUAUUUUUCAGUGAAGGCGAUGGAAUGAAAACCAAUUCGAAUUCACCACUUGGCGACGAUCCAUUGAGCUCAUUGAGGACGAUUCGACGGGUUUUAAUCGAUAAAAUGAACCGAUCUACUGAGGUGAGCGAGAUGCUCGUAGAUUUUGUGACUAGGAGCGCCCGACUUGAAACUACUCACGCGUCUGGACAAUUAAAAAAAUUAGAAAAAAGGCUCCGAGCCAUUUGAAAUAGAACAAUUAUAUUUAAAGGAAGGUCGCUCCAUCGAAGCCACCGUAUGCUUGCGGGCAACACAGAGAAUCGAUGAAUAUGAGGCUAGAAUUGAAGAUUUGGCGAUCCGACGGAGCAAUGCGUUGACUUUGGGCGAUUCUCAGCUGGUAUUUUUUGUUUUUUGAAAAAAUUGGGCAGGAAUUGAACCUGGAACCGCUUAGAAACAUAGAGACUGUACUAAGAAUCACUAAAAUUUUUUUUCGAAAGAUUUAUUUCAAAAAAAAAUAUGAAAAUUUCAGCGAAAGCUUUUUUCUUCACAUUUCUUGUAAUCCCUCUCAAAAUAAUUCAUAAAAAUUUUUGGCAAAAAGUCGAAUUUUCAAACAGUUGUAGUGUUGUAUCAGUGAACUAACACGAAAAGUAAUUUUACUGCGGAAAUGAGAUUUUCUUGAAAAUUGCCCCGAACACUUUUUUAUCCACCAGAUGAAGAUCCUAAAAGUCCUAAACUCCAUAACUUUCAAGUUUUCGAUUAAAAAAAAGGCUCAAACUCAAUGGAAAUGUUCAAAAUCCGUUAAAAUCACCCUUUUAUAGGCUUUGAGCCCUUUAAUUCUCAAAAACUAGAAAGUUGGCCACUUUGAGACUUUUCGAAUCUUGUUCUGGUACAACAAGAGGAGUUCUGGCCAAUUUUCAAAAAAUUCCAAAAGGAAAAGACCUUUUUAAACCGGCAUCCAUUGGACUGAGACGCUUUUUGAUUAAUUUUAAUAUAAUAAUUUAUUUACAGGCAGAACGAAAUAACAUGUACAAAAAAAGAAGGGAAGAAUUGGCAUAAAAGCCUUAAAUAAAUAAAUAAAAGGCACUUGAGGCCCUCACGAUCCUCUGAGCCAGUAUUGAAAGAUGAUGAGGUCAGAAUAAGAAUCGAGGAUUGUACAGAGUUUAAAAAAAAAGUAAAUAGAAAAGAAAGCAUUAUAAAUUAUGACACAGUGUAGCACAGGUGAAUGGGGAAUUUAAUUGGUUGUAAUGAUAUAAACACGAUUAGAUGGAUUAGAGUAGGGCUGAAGCAUGGGUACCUGGUUCAACGAAGUCUGCUGGGAAUAGAUCCAAAAAGGAAAUUGUUAUCGAGGGAUAGUAACAAAGACCUGAAACGAUCUGGAGAGACAUUGAGGUUUCCCAAUGUGGCCAGUUUAUUCCAAAGAGGGAUGAACGUCUCAAAGAAAUUUUCGAAACGAAUCCCUACUCUGGUAAGACGUGAUGGAGCACGUGCUGAAUUUGAUCUCCUGAAAACACUGUGAGCAACUGGCAAAUGACUCUUCUUCUGAAAAGAGAGUUAGUGUUAAUUUGGGCUAAUCUAUCUUCGUAACUAGAAAACCUAAUGUUAGCUCUCAUAAAUGUUUGCCGAGUAAAUUGACGGAAGAUGUUUUCGAGAUCGUAGGAUUGUUCUGAAGCUAAAGGAGGAACGAACAACUCACAGCAGUAGUCCAUAUAGGGAGUUGCUGGAAAGCUUCCAAACGCCUUCCGAGGAACCGAAAGCAGAAGCUUCCCAACUUUUACCUGAGUCGGUUCCAAUCAAGGAUUUCCAGGCGGAAAGACACCGUUUGGCGAUGAUCGACUGCCGGGAUACUGUCCUUCGAGCCGUCCAUAUCGACUUAUUGCUGGAUCGAGAUGAAGUAAGUUCGGAUUACUGUACCCAAUGACGUCAUUUCGUGGUGAGACCCCAAAGUUUUACAGCUGCGAGCUAUCGGCGUUCAGUCGCAGUGGACAGAAGAAUGA